AUGUCGACCAAGGCUGAGGCUUCCCGCCCCCGGCCGGCAGACACCAAGAAGGUGCACAUUGCCGACACCCAGAUGACUCGUGCCAAUUGGUACAAGCAUGUCAACUGGCUCAACGUCUUCCUCAUUCUCGGUAUCCCCAUGUAUGGCUGUGUUCAGUCUCUUUGGGUGCCGUUGCAGCUUAAGACUGCCAUCUGGGCCGUCAUUUACUACUUCUUCACCGGUCUAGGUAUCACCGCAGGAUAUCAUCGUCUCUGGGCUCACUGCUCGUACUCGGCCACUCUUCCUCUCCGCAUCUGGCUCGCUCUCGUUGGCGGUGGUGCAGUUGAGGGCUCUAUCCGUUGGUGGGCUCGCGGUCACCGUGCUCACCACCGUUACACCGACACCGAAAAGGAUCCUUACUCCGUUCGCAAGGGCUUCUGGUACUCCCACCUUGGUUGGAUGGUUAUGAAGCAGAACCCUAAGCGUAUCGGCCGUACCGACAUCACCGAUCUCAACGAGGACCCCGUCGUUAUCUGGCAGCACCGUCACUACCUUAAGGUCGUCUUCGGCAUGGGUCUCAUCGUUCCCAUGCUCGUUGCUGGCCUCGGCUGGGGUGAUUGGUUCGGCGGUUUCGUCUACGCUGGUAUCCUGCGUAUCUUCUUCGUCCAGCAGGCUACUUUCUGCGUCAACUCCCUGGCUCACUGGCUCGGUGACCAGCCCUUCGACGACCGCAACUCACCCCGUGAUCACGUCAUUACCGCCCUGGUUACUCUCGGUGAGGGAUACCACAACUUCCACCACGAGUUCCCUUCGGACUACCGCAACGCUAUCGAGUGGCACCAGUAUGACCCCACCAAGUGGACCAUCUGGACCUGGAAGCAGAUGGGUCUUGCCUACGACUUGAAGCAGUUCCGUGCCAAUGAGAUCGAGAAGGGUCGUGUGCAGCAGCUGCAGAAGAAGAUUGAUCAGAAGCGCGCCAAGCUGGACUGGGGUAUUCCUCUGGAGCAGCUGCCCGUGAUGGAGUGGGACGAAUAUGUCGAGCAGGCCAAGAACGGCCGCGGUUUGAUCGCCGUCGCUGGUGUUGUUCACGACGUGACCGAUUUCAUCAAGGACCACCCCGGUGGUAAGGCCAUGAUUGGCUCCGGUAUUGGCAAGGAUGCCACUGCCAUGUUCAACGGUGGUAUCUACUACCAUUCCAACGGUGCCCACAAUCUGCUCUCUACCAUGCGUGUUGGUGUCAUCCGCGGUGGUUGUGAGGUUGAGAUCUGGAAGCGUUCCCACAAGGAGAACAGCGAGUACGUGCGUGAUGAGUCUGGCCAGCGCAUUAUUCGGGCUGGUAUGCAGGUGACUAAGAUCCCUGAGCCGGUCCCCACUGCUGAUGCUGCUUAA